CUGUCCGUUACAUGAUGGCUGUCGUGAAAGACAUGUUUACGUAUACUGUACCUGGAAUUAUUUGAGAAUCUGUAUACAUUUUUUAGAAAAUGAGCGCAAAAGUGAAAUGAAACAUUUUUUUUGGUGUUUGUUUUACGUUCACGUUCAUUUUACUAUUAUUUUAUCAUUUUUUUGCUGAAUGAAUUGCAUAGUGCAUGAGCGAGGAAUAAAACCCGCCGGUGCACAGUAAGCGUGUGUAGUGUUGAAGGAGGAGAGUGAGCACGUGUAGACUUGGCCGGUACGACAGCUGGGCGUGCGGGUUGAGGUGGGCCAGGCACGGCGAGGGUUCGGGGCGCUGACACCCCGUCCUAGACGGGGAACCGGAAUGGUGCCCUUCGGUCCUGUCACAGUGGUCAGGAGACAGCUGAGGCCAGGAUGUUAAUCUGUCUCUGACACCAGACCCGGGGCAUGCAGUACCGCAUGAAGACUUGUUAGCGUAAGCGACGACAGCGAGUCGUGCAGACACAGUGCCGAGCAAAACCUAUCAGAGGACAGCGGAGAUUAACUUGGGGAAGGUCGCGCCGAGGUUGGAUGCCCUGCCGUGCUGAGAGCGGCUGCGAGGUGGCACCAUGUCCUGGGUAGUGGACGUGUCACGGUGCCUUGGCCUCAUGGACGUGGGUUCCCGCGACGUGGGCAGGAGGGGUCCGGGACCCUCGGCGCCCCUGCGACGUCACGCCAAGUCUUCCACCUGGCUGCUGGGGUCGCCCCUCAGUCGGGGGUCGUCUCAGGGAACCGCCGCCAAGAAGCGGCUGCACCGAAGCGGGUCUCGAUCCACGCCCUGCCUGAGCCACGACGUGGUUCCGUCGCCCAAGAAGAAGCAGCACUCGGUGGACAUCCUGGGCGGCCGGGGCUCGCUCAACUCCACGCCGGGCAACUCCAGCGUGGACAGUCUGGACACCGACCCCCCUCACCUGCAGCCCCCUUCGUCGCCGGCGCCGGGCUCUUCGCCAGGAAGGGCCGGCGCUCUCGUAAUGACUUACGAACCACGACCUCGUGCGAACCUGGCCAGGUCGUGCGAGGUCUUGGGCUCUCCUGAGGCAGAGAAGUCGAUCGAUUCUCAGAAGCAGUUUGCCACCGAGACCCCUGCCCGCGCCCGGAGUGUCACCCGCCUGGACUGCAGCGUCAAUUACUCUGACAGUCCGCCUCUAGUGCCACCCACACCCACCAGCGCCAAAGACUCCCCCAGGGGCGUGUUCCUGGAGGCUCGUGAUACGCUUGUGAACCGCCUUCUCGGCGCCGGCAGCCGAGGGCCGCCUCUCCCUGACACAGAGCACCCGACCCGCGUGUUCCGGGCAAGGCACAGGUUCGCCCGCUCUGACCACUGUCUGAACCACCCUCCGCCUCAGCGCCGCGUGUCGCACCACUCCGUCACGAGGAGCCGAGAGCCCUCGGAGAGCGGCGUGGGCGCCAGGAGUCGCUCGGAACACGCCCUUAUCCGACCUUCGUGGUCAGGGAGUACCCAUGGCGACGAGAGGGCCUCCAUCAGCGACUGGUCGGUGUGGGCACAGGACCUGCUGGAUUCUCUCCACCAAAUGAACGGCCACGCCACCAGGAAGGCCUCUUCCUCUUCCUGCUUGGCCUCCACUUCCUCCACACUAGCUUCCAGAUCUUCCACUAUGGCCUCCGCUUCCUCCACUGUGUUUUCACAUUCCACGUCGACCUCGUCCACUCGAAUGCCAAUGAUAUCACGCUCGAGGGGUAGUAGCGGAGGCUCAAUAGAUACCCAGGCGAGCUUGGCAGAUGAUGGAUCAAGCGGGCUGAGAGAAGUGAACCCACGGGCGGUCCGUCGCACACACAGCGACGUGGGCGGCGCUGGAGGGCGUGGCUCGCUGCAUUACUCGCGUCAGCUCUCCACCCCGCAACCCAUCAAGAUAAGGCCCGCCCACAGAUUGCCUCAACACACUGCAUCCUUGAACAGAUCCAAGAGUCUGAAGAGAAGUAAAGGCUCCUCCCAUUUGCGUCGUUCCAUUAGUCAACCCUUAGAUUUAGACAAGGCCUACGAUACCCCCGUGUCGACCCUUCGCAAAUGCAGGAGCCCAACGAACACCCCCAGGAGACGGCAGCGAAGACCCUCGGCCGGCAAUAUCCUCAACGAAGACAACACGACUUCUGAAGAUGAGAUUGGAAUGUCCGACUCGGAAGAUUUUAGAACCGAUUUGAAGAGAAGUCUGGAAGAGGAUGACGAUAUGAUCAUAUAUGCCGAAGCUCUGUGGGACCAUGUCACCCUUGACUGCGAGGAGUUAGUGUUCAAAGCGGGUGACCUUAUCACUGUGAUAGAUUCGAGCGACAAGGACUGGUGGUGGGGACGGAUCAGCCAUCGAGCAGGGUGGUUCCCGGCGGCGUUUGUCAGGUUACUAGUGAACCAGGAAGAGCACCAAGAUACGUCAGGCCACCAGGACACGUCAGCUCGAGGACCAGCACGGAAACUCAGUAUCUCUGGGUUAUCUCACGACCAGAUUCGCACCAACGUUAUUAAUGAAAUAAUUUCGACAGAGCGGGACUUCGUGAAACAUUUGCGAGACGUCGUCGAGGGAUACCUCAGACAAGUCCGUAAAAGGCCCGACAUGUUCACCGACGAGCGAGUGUCGACGAUUUUCGGCAACAUGGAGGCGCUGUACCACUUCCAGAGUAACUUCUUAAGAGAACUUGAAAUGUGCAUCGACUGGCAAGAGCCUUUCAAGUCAUGCAUCGGUGCGACCUUCAUACGUAACAGAGAGAAAUUUGAGAUCUACAGUGAAUACUGUAAUAACCACCCUUCGGCAGUAUCAUCUUUACAAGAGCUUUACCAAGAUCAGAAGUACGUGCACUUCUUUGAGGCAUGCAGACUACUUCAGGAAAUGAUUGACAUUUCUCUUGAUGGAUUUCUCCUAACGCCAGUUCAAAAGAUCUGCAAAUAUCCUCUUCAACUUCAAGAAUUGUUAAAGUAUACAAAGCCUGACCAUCCUGACUACACCAGUGUCCAAGGGGCCUUAGAGGCUAUGCGAGAUGUGGCUCUUUUAGUGAAUGAAAGAAAACGGAGAAUGGAAUGCUUAGAAAAGAUUGCGUCUUGGCAGAUCACAGUGGAAGGUUGGGAGGGACCGGAGCUCCUUGAGGACAGUUCACAGCUGAUCUACCAAGGAGAAGUUACCAAAGGAGUUGGUGGAUCCUGGCCAAAGGAAGUUACCCUAUUCCUCUUUGAUCAUCAGCUUGUGUACUGCAAGCGGGACCUCCUCAAGCGGAACACCUUUGUUUACAGAGGGAGACUCAAUCUCGAUAACUGUGAGAUUGUUGAUCUCCCUGAUGGGAAGGACUCCAGCCUCAACAUCAAUGUACAUAAUGGAUGGAAGAUUCAUAGCUUUGAGAAGAAUAAGUGGUAUGUUUUCUCUUGCAAAACUACUGCAGAAAAACAGAAAUGGAUGGAGGCAUUCAAACGAGAACGGGAACUAGUAGCAGAAGAUGAAUCUGCAGGAUUUGUAGUAGCAGACAAAGCAAAACACUUGGCAAAAGUUGCAGCUCGCAACCAAAAGAAUAGGCCAAAGAGACCUCGAACCACCAAAUCGCACAAGCGUGUACAAGCCAUGACAUACGCUCAGGCUGAACUUCUAGUCAAUGUUGAUCCUGAAGUACGCUCCAAUAGCCUCCCUUCUGGUAUUGAGCCACCUGAAGGCAAGAAGAAAGGUCUGUGGUUCAGCUUUGGAGGUCACAAGAAAGGAAGAGGCUCAGGAAGAACUCUCAGCCAAAUCCAGCACCACCCUGUGUGAGAGACAUCUUUACUUCUAGCAGUGUAAAGUCUUGUCAAGAAAGCUUGAGGAAAUCUGCUUUGACUUGAAGUUGAAUAAUCUGGUUUACUGAUUACACAUCAUCUACAAAUUGGCAGUUUUAGAUGACACAAAAUUUGAGUUACGAACCCAGUAAGGAAGGGUAAAAAAUGAAAAUAAUACUCAUUGGCAUUUAUUUAACUAAGAUAGUGCACUGAUGAUGCUGUUCCUCUCUGCAUUAUUCAGAUGAUUAUGACCAAUGAACUCAUUCAAGAUACAGUGACAUAAUCCAGAUUUAACCUCCUUAACAAAUAAGGCUUCUUGCUGUGGAAAAAAUAUACUGCUAGGAGCUGUAAUAGGAGGAAUCUAGUCACAUUCAGUUUGCUGUCACAAAUCUGGGAGGCAGGGAUGCAAGUUGGUGAGGAUGUAUUCAGAUAAUGAAGGUGAUAAUUCCCUAAACAUAUCCCUAAUUUAUUUAUCUAUAAGGUGAUCAUAUCAGAGUAUAACCAUCACCUGCAGGCUUAGGUGAUACUUUCUUCCAGUUGUGUUUUUGAUGUUGUCAGAUGUUAAAUAACUGGCUGUUUGUUGUCACUGGAGAAAAAGUAAUGAAGUGCCAUUAUUUUUAUUAAUUAUCAUUAUUAUUAUUAUGAUUAUAAUUAUUAAUUAUUGUUAUUAUUAUUUUAACAGUUAAUUUGGCUGUAACACUUUACAAGUGCUUUUCAUUAUUUUCAAUUUUAGUUCAUUUACACAAGACUAAAAUAUCUUAAUAUGACCUCCAAUGGAGAUAUAAUAGCUUUACUUAGUAGUCAGUAAAAUAUAUUAAAAGCAACCUUGUCUAUCACCUGUAUCUAUAAUUUCUCAGAUUCUGUUACUGAAAGUAUUUGAUGUUGCAUCAGAAUAAAAAUUGUGAUAAAAAAGUAUGUAGUAAUGCCACGUUCAUCAUUAUGACGCACAUGAAUUUUCUUUGUCAGAAGAUGUAGUCUUUCAGUUUGGCUAUCUGAAGUACAGCAUUAAUUAAAUUUCAGUGUUGAGCAAAAAGUUGUCCUGUAAAGUGUGUAGCAGUAUGGUGUGUCAUGGUGUUAUAAAAUACCAAAUGGUUCAAGCAAGACAAAUUUGCUUUAUCCUUUACUGAUUUAAUGCUUGUAUAUAAUUUAACUUUGUUUUCUAUUAUAUAUUAUAGUUUAUCAUGUACAGUGAUAUAAAUAUAUGUAUUUGUUGUAAAAAUGUAUAUAGAGACCAAAAUAUGUUUCUUUGACUGAAA